CCCGUCGUCAUCUUGCUAGGAAUCUUCACUAUUUUCACUAAUGCUCUUGUGAUAUGGGGAAUUCUCGUAACACACGAACUUCACAAACCGCUCUACUUCUACAUGUCAAAUCUGGCCAUGGCCGACAUUUUUGGCGGAAUCGGACUGAUGAUCCAAGCGGCGAAGUUGGCCACGAUACGCGGGGUCAUGACUACGGUGACUUUCAUGACGCAUAGUCAGGUAAUGUCGGCAUCGGCUCUAGCCUUAAUGUCUGCAAACUGCUAUGUCGCCGUGAGGCAUCCUAUAUACCUGCACACCCAUGCUCACACUGCCAAACGUAACGCAGCUUUAGCUAUCGUCUCUUCGUGGCUUGUUCUGUCGUUGUUCACUUUCUCGCCUGCUAUGGGUUGGAACUGUCUUGACAUGCCCGUGGCGGACUGUUUCGACUUCUUUCACAAGUCCUAUAUGGGGAUUUUGGUUGCCGUAGCCCUCUUGUGUAUCGUUGUCAUGCUAUUCACAAAUAUCAGCGUGUACAUCGCUAUCAAACAAAGGCAAAAGAGAAGGCUUGGGCAGCCAGGAGGGGUCCAAGUAAACAAUCAGGGACAAAAUAUGGCAGGGGAAGAUCAGGCUAACAACGACAGACAAGCCGAGGCGGACCGAAAAUUUAAGAAAAGUGUGCACAAGGCGAGAACAGUUAUGAUUCACGUGGUGGUAGCAAUUAUCCUAUGGCUCUUAUCUCUUGUAGUAGUUCCCAUUUGCGUAGGCGACAAAGAAAACUGUCCGCUUCCCGUUGCCAUCCCCGUGCUCAUAACUCUGAACUCUGCGAUAAAUCCCGUCGCUGGUAUAGUCCGUACACCAGACUUAAGGAAAGGAAUCAGAGAGAACCUUGCGAGUAUCCAUCGGGCGCUUGUCACCGCGAUACGGGGAAACCGUGUGAACCCACAGGGCGAACAACCUGCAACUGUUACGGUAACUGCCAUGAGCGUACAGGGCGGUGCUGCUACCAGUGGAAGCGCCCAAAAGACGCCAAAACAGGGUAAAGAAAGGACAAAAAUAACUCAUAGAAACACAGAAGGGCCGAAAACACAGAACGCUAGUCUUCCCAUCGUAGAAGCAGACUAGAUAAUAGAGCAUUAAGAUACAGAAUGACAUAUGCCAGGAAAAAGGAAACCAGGUUGUGCAGAAUACUGAUGAACACGUACAACAACUAUGGACAGCAAUGGCAAUCAACACUGUGCUAUAUAAUAGACUAGACAAUUUCUGUAUAGACACUGUAUACAAGUUCACACGGUGUAUCUUCAUGUGAAUGUAUCAAAAUUGCACUGUAUAAUAUAAUAUUUCAUACCUUAUAACAAUUGCAGUUUAAGAUACUGCAUGCAAAUUCAUGAUGUAUAAUUAUCAUACAUGUUUGGGACAAAUAUGUUGUUUGUAAUAUUGCAAGUUUUGCACUUUGUACAGUCACAGACUUUACACAUUAAAUUGUAAAUUGUACCGUGACCAUAUUCUCGUAUU